ACUAUUCAUCUAAAACUUAAUACUCCCCUCAUGACUUUGAUGAGCCGUGUAGGAAGAAGAAGAAAAACAAGAGAAGACCACCAUGUCUACGUUGUUCCGCAAAGUAUGGGAAUCAGUUUCUUCUACUCGUACAUCAACUUCACGCUCGAGUGCAAACUCCAACAACAAUCAAUACGAGCAGAUGAUGAUGAUGUUGUAUAUACAGACAGCAUCAACUGGCGAAUUUGAUCGGAUACCGUUUGACAUCAUCAUUCAAAUCCUGAAGAUUCUUGGCCCGAAAGAGUCUGCUAAGAUGACCGCUGUCUGUAAAUCCUGGAAAUUCAUUGUGUCCGAUAAUCGGCUUUGGAUUUAUUUUCUUCAGAAUCAACAUGAGCCUUGGGAUUCUACUUUUUUCGCUGAAACUCACUUGCGAUCUGGUCCUCUUCGGACGUUUCCAAAUUCAGUACCGGACUUGUCGUUCAUGAGUAUUUAUGGUCAACGUGCUCAAGUACCUGGUGCUAUUAUUAUUGAUGGUGGGUCAGGCUAUUGCAAAUUUGGUUGGAGCAAGUAUAGUGCUCCAUCAGGGAGAUCAGCGACAUUCUUGGAGUUCGGUAACAUUGAAUCUCCAAUGUAUUCUAGAUUGAGGCACUUCUUUUCAACAAUAUACACCAGGAUGCAGGUGAAAACUUCAACACAACCAAUCAUAGUGUCCAUUCCAAUUUGCCAUUAUGAUGAUACUGAAUCUGAUAAAGCAGCUAGAGAGCAGUUAAAAGACUCCAUCCAUUCUGCAUUAUUUGACAUGAAUGUUCCUGCCGUUUGUGCUGUCAACCAGGCCGUUUUAGCUUUAUUUUCUGCAAGGAAGGUUUCAGGAAUAGUAGUCAACAUUGGAUUUCACCAAACAUCUAUUGUUCCAAUUCUUCACGGUAAAGUCAUGCACCAGGUGGGUGUGGAAGUUGUGGGAAUUGGAGCAUUAAAGCUUACAGGAUUCCUUAAGGAGCAGAUGCAACAAAAGAAUAUUUUUUUUGGGUCACUUUACACUGUGCGGGCACUGAAAGAGAACCUUUGUUAUGUCGCACUCGAUUAUGAAGCUGAGUUAUCCAAAGAUACCAAUGCAUCUUUUCAGAUUGCGUCUGAAGGUUCGUUUACACUUUCAGAAGAGCGCUUUAAAACUGGAGAGAUUCUGUUCCAGCCUCGAAUUGCAGGAAUGUACGUCCAUGUUGCCUUAUUCUGGGAACUUUAGUAAGAAUUAAUGAACAACUCCCAUUUUCAAUUAUUUCCCCUAGGGUAUAAAGGCCUUUAAAAGAUUGGAGUUCAUCCUGCAUAUGACAAUGUGGAUUUGGACUAUGCAGUCAAGUGAACCCUGUUGCAUCAGGUCUUUCUUUAAACUUAUUUUCUUAAAUGGGAAUGGAGAGAGAUUUUUACUCGAGGCGGGUGAGGGCAUUGCGUUGAAUCGGGAAGAGUACUUAUACUAAAUAAUUCUAGACAUCGUAUUAUCAUUUUGAGGCUACACUCUACUGAGGUUAACCAAUGACUCCAAUUUCUUGGCUCAUAUUGUUUAGACAAAGGGGUGCUUUUAUGGAUGUAAAUGGUG